CCUCCUGAAGGUCCACCUGCAGCUGCACGGAUUCAGCGUCUUCCUGGACGUGGAGAAGUUGGAGGCCGGGAAGUUUGAGGACAAGCUGACCCAGAGCGUGAUGAGCGCCCGGAAUUUUGUGCUGGUCCUCUCCGUCCAGGCCCUGGACCGCUGCAAGGGGGACGAGGCCUGCAAAGACUGGGUGCACAAGGAAAUAGCCACUGCCCUGAGCGGCCAGAAAAACGUCAUCCCGGUGACCGACCACUUUGACUGGCCAGACCCGGAGGAGCUUCCGGAGGACAUGAGGGCCAUCCUGAAAUUCAACGGGAUCAAGUGA